AUCUAUACCACAACAUAAAAAGCGGAUAUAAAAAACUAACCAGAUCAAAUGGAGAGAACAUAUGUACAUCUAUGAAUAUUUGCAGGGAUCGCGGAUGUGCAAUGGCGAGUGCCGAUUAUUGAGCGAGUAGCCAUCAACGCAGCACUAGCUACGCCAACUGCAGCAAAAUAAUCAUGCAGUAGCCGCUGCAUAAGCAGAGGUUGACGAUGAUGAUUGAACUCAUGCAACAGGAAUUGGCUGUAAGGGAGUCGGCGGCAGGUGCAGUGAAGGACGUCAAAUGUAUCUACAAUUGCUCCUGCUUUUGCUGUCGCCAGGGAUGUUGCAUUGUUGUGUGCUCCUGUUACAGCUGCAACACAUUCAGCUGCACAAGCUACAACAACAGCAACAGCACCAGCAAUGGCACCAACAGCAACAUCAGCAGCAACAUCAGAAUCGACCGUAGAGGCAUCAGUCGUCAUCCGAUAGUUGUUGUCAACACCGCCUGCCAAUCGAUAGUGGCUGCUCUAACGCUGAUAAUCGGCUACUUAACAUUGUUCAAAUUGAGCUACCGUGCCUUAAGGUCAAAAGCAUCCACAGGCCUGGCUGCUGGCAGCGCAACAGACAGCAACUGCACCAGCACUGGCAGCAACAGCAACAGCAACAAUGCUGACAGUAAACUGAAAGAGCAAUAUGGGCACGGUCACGCUUCCUAUGAUAUUACCAAUGAUCAGCAGUUGAAGACGAAUAACUUGUGCAAAAUGUUUUUCAAUAACCGGAGGAGGCAAAGGAGACGACGAAGGCGGCGUCGACGUCGCCGACGCCGCUACAAUAACAACAAUGGCAACAGACAGACCGGGAGCUGCAAGCAGCAGCAAUACCACGAUAGCAGUAGUGAUGCCACGUGCCUUUCCAUCGCGGUGUGGACAACAGUCGGGCAGGACGACGAGGACAGGAGCAGCAGUAACAGCAGGAGCAAACCAUAUAGAGCACACACUGUGGGCACUGCGUAUGCGCCAACGCCGACCGUUGUUUCGAGGUGGCCUUCGAUUAACUGCAGUAAUAGCAUCAGCAAGGCGAAGCGCAAUCGGGCCAACCUCCUUUGGUUGCUAAUCGGUAUCUUUUGGCUAGAGGUCAAGCUCAUCAACUGCAACGCUAUCGCCAGCAGCAACGGUUACGUCUCCUCCCUAGUCGCUCCGAAGGGCUGCACCCUGUGCCAACUCGAGGAGGAGAUCUUCUACAGCGAAAAGCAUAACCCACACACAGAAUACAACAACAACAACCAUAAUAACAACAACAAUAAUAAUUUUGCCUAUAAGAAAAGUAUUCAGAGAACAAACAAUAAUAUUAUGGUCAGUGAUCGUGUUCGCUUAGAGUCGAUUAAACGACAAAUCCUGACAAAACUCGGACUCACUCAUAAACCAAAUGUAUCCCAUCCGCUACCCAAACAGUUUAUCUGGGAGACAAUCUAUCGAGCAGACGGCGGGCAAAUGGUAACGAACGAUGUAUUCGAAAGAAACGCCAUCUUGGCAAAUCAUAUUCAUGAUCGUAGUCAGCGGAAGAGAAUGCGAACCGUCAUUAAUGAGCUCAACGAGAAUCGUUUCGACAGCCCAAGUAUGGCAUAUAUAAUUGGUACUACAAACCGGAGCAGCAGUAAAAGUAAAAACAAAACGAAAUACCAUCACUUAAGAUCCGACUCUUCAGAAACAGAAGGAGAAAGGGAUAAGACAAUCCAUGGAUCGGAUACGCGAACAAGGAUAGAGAACCGCAGCUCUCUCGACUGGAAUAAGAACACGAAGUCAAAAGCUUAUAGUGAAUCAACAUAUCUUAUAGAUAUAAAUCGGAGUAGAGAUAGUGAUAGCACCAAAAACGACGUAAGCGGCGGUGCUGCCGCCGGCUUCGGUCACGACGAUCAUAUAUAUUUUAACGAUUACAGAGUGCAAAUCCAAAACAAAGACCAUAAGCAGAAGCAGAAACCAUCAGGCAGUAAUAAUGCGCGAGUCAAAAAGAAGCAGAGCCGAGGAGGCCACGAUUUCAUCACUAUGCACGAUCAAGACAAUGUCAAUGGAUUUGAGCGUGAAGACUACUUUGGCAGCACACAAGAGAUAAUUACGUUUGCUGAGGAAGGUGCACAAUUUCGGCAAUAUCGCAUAGUGGAGUUCGCCGCGCAAAAAGCGGGUAUACCAAAUCAAAAGAUAUACAUUAGGAGUGCGCAAAUGCAUGUUCGCAUCGAGAGACAGGAUGUGAAAAGCGAAGCUGUGAACCGCGAUGCGCAACCGACGACUACGCGGAAAAGUCACGCCAACGUUCCUAGGCAGAGGAUAAAGAUUUGGGUAUUUCGAAUGAGCGACGGCAUCAAUAUGACUGAGAUGGCAAUGGAUCAGGCGUUUCUGUUUCGUGCUCUGUUCGAAGUGGACACGGAGCGCUUGGGUUGGCAGAGAUUCGAUCUUACUGAGACGAUUCGGGAAUGGUACAGCGAUACGAGCGGGGAGAAUCUACGUCUCUUGAUAGACUGCACUGGCUGCGGCAGUAAAUAUUCACUGCAACUGUUUCAGCUAUCCGGGCCAGUGAAAUCGGCAUCGGAUCGCUACUUGAAUCCGAACCGUCCAUUUCUCGUCCUACACACGGAGUCGCCAAGACCUCGCCGCGUCCGGCGACGUGCAAUCGAUUGCGGUGGCGCAUUAAGCGGCCAAUGCUGCAAGGAAUCCUUUUACGUAUCCUUCAAAGCGCUUGGCUGGGAUGACUGGAUUAUAGCGCCUCGUGGAUACUUUGCCAACUAUUGUCGGGGCGAAUGUACUGGAUCAUUCCGCACCCCAGACACGUUUCAAACAUUUCACGCACAUUUCAUCGAAGAAUAUCGCAAAAUGGGCUUAUUGAAUGGAAUGCGCCCCUGCUGUGCUCCGAUCAAGUUCUCAAGCAUGUCCUUAAUCUACUAUGGCGACGAUGGUAUUAUCAAACGUGAUUUACCGAAGAUGGUUGUCGACGAAUGUGGAUGUCCUUAAUUGUAAAGCAUCAAAUAAAUCGACUU